AGUUGAAGUUUGUCUAUACACACUGUACAACUCCUUAUCCACAACGUACAACUUCACCUCUAUUUCACCCCCUUUUCAGAUACUGACCCACCCACCACCAUAUCACCACCCUCACCCUCACAUACAAACACCAUAAACACACACAUACACACACAAAUCUUUUUGCUUCUCGUACAACUGAAUCCAGAAAUUCUCAACCUCACAAUCAUGUCUACUGAUUUCACACACAAUGAAACGUCCAUUCAGCCGAUUGAUUCCGGCUCUGAAUCGGCUUUCAUCGGCUCGUGGAGCUCGUCUUCUUCCUCUUCGUUUCUAACCACUUCUUUUGGAUCGGAACUUGAUUCUAACGAUGCAGAUCUGGAUGACACCGGUGACGGUGACGAGUUCAUUGCUGAGUUAACUCGGCGAAUGGCAGAUUACAUGUUUGAAGAGAACGAUGACGUCACGAGUUUGAAGAAACGCGAGUUCCAGGAGCCAGUUGAGAACAAAAAUCACGAGCAGACUCGCCGGAGCUACGCCGAUACGGUGAAGAAAUCGCUCGCCGGAGCUCAAUCGGAGCAAAAUUUCACCGGAAAUGAACCGUUACAGUUACAGUCACAGUCACAGCCUCAGUUACAACCUCCGAUUCAAUUGUAUCAAGUGGAGAACCAACCGCGAGUAGGAGGAAGAGGAAGAAAGGGGAAGAUGAGUGAGUCGACUCAGCACGUGAAGGCUCACCGUCACGAGCAGAUGUAUAGCAACAGAAGUUACAGAGGGAGUAAGGAGUUUGUUAAUGGUGGGUCGGGUAUGAGAGCCAUAUUUCUAGGCGGGUCGGGUUCACGAAACGUGAUGAGUGGGACCGGUGUUUUCUUGCCUCGGUCAUCUACAGACGCAACCGAUCAUAGCCGCAAAAAGUCAGGUUGCUCGACAGUACUUGUUCCAACCAGAGUGUUACAGGCAUUAGAACAACACUUCAACAACAUUGAGUCCCUUUCGCCGUUUAACUUAGCGCCUCAGACUCAUCAUGUUAACAAGGAGAAGACGCAAACACAAGAGGCGGUAGCAGUGGACCAUCAAGACCCAAAGCUCCCACAAGAUUGGAUUUAUUGAUAUUAAUAAUAAUAGUAACAAAAAUAGUAGCAAUAAAUGGAUUGUUUUUCUAAUAACGUCAAGGGAAUUGUGGCUCCAAAAAAUAAUAAUGGUAUUGUAAAGGAAGUGUCGGUUGUUUCGAUUCAUGGGGGUCACUUGUAAAUUAUAUUCUUAUGGUGGUCUACUUGUAAAAUAAAUAAAUAACGUAAUAAUGUUGUAUAUGGUAUUACGAUGGGAUGGAAAUAAACUCAUUGUAUGAAAUAAAUAUAAAAACAGAUUUGUUGUCUCA